ACUGCACAGACUGUCAAAGGAAAUGUCAUUAUAUACCUGUAUCUGCUUUAUUUAUUAUUUUUCUAUCGUGUUUAUCGAAGAUAUUUCUAAGUAAUUUCUGGUGAGCAAAGUUAUUAACAGAAAAAGAUUCAAUUUCCGGAUCGAAAUAUGAAUAUCUUGCCGAAGAGCCAUCAAGACUUUAGUCAAAAAGAUUAUUGGGAUUCUUUCUUUCAAAAACGUGGUGGAAAAGCAUUUGAAUGGUACGGAGAGUAUCCAGAACUAUGCGGCCAUUUACACAAAUACAUCAAAUCCAAAGAUGAAAUCUUGAACAUUGGCUGCGGUAAUUCCAGAUUGAGCAUGGAUUUGUAUGAUGUCGGUCACAGACAAAUCAUGAACAUUGACAUUUCCCAAUUGGUUAUCAAUCAAAUGAUCAGCAAAAAUAAGACCGAUCGUCCAGACAUGCAAUUUCUUCAAAUGGAUGCUUGCAAUAUGUCGUUUGCCAAAGAUAAGUUCUCAGUUGUUUUAGAUAAAGGAACCCUGGAUGCAUUGAUGACAGAAGACACAAAUGAAGUAAAGGAAACCGCCGAAAAGUACUUGAGUGAAAUCAGUCGAGUUCUUCGGAUCGGUGGUCGGUAUGUUUGUAUAAGUCUGCUACAAGAGCAUAUCAUUCGCGAGCUGGUCGAUUUCUUUCCGAAAAAUAAUUGGAUGUUUCGUGUGGUUCGGGCUGUAGAGGCUGAACAAAAAACGGCUGAAUCCAGUAACGAUGGUACAUCAAUGCCCGUGUUCAUUGUCAUUGCAACAAAGUUUGGAAAACUUCCAUUUCCUGUGCUGGAGGUAUGCAUGAGUGGUGACAAAAUGUGUCGAGUCCAGCAAGCAAAUGAAGUUGUCGACGCAACGUUAGCAGUGCAAAAAGCGACGAUGGUAUGUAACGGUCUCCACAGAGGAAGCAUUGCCGAUAUGGACGAGGUGUCGAUGGAUCUGUUUCAGCCGAGUGAUCAAAUACCACGCUUUACUGUACAUAUUCUGGACCAAAAACUCAAAACGAGCAACGGAAAAUUUGCCGUUUUUAUCGUUCCUCAAGGACGUGAAACGGAAUGGAUUUUUUCAACUCCACAAGGGCGAAAAAAACUUCUUCUGUCGGCUCAGUAUGAGCGCCUAGCUAUCGUAUCGAUGCAUCGUGGCCAGAUUUAUACAACAUGGGACGAUGUUAAAUCCGAGCUUUCCGCAUCGCUUCUGAAUUUAGCCCCAAAAGGUAUGCAGGAACAGAUUCCCUAUCUGUCUCUUGGCUCCGAGGUGGGAAACCGUGAGACUAUCUACAAAGGUCGAAGUGACAUGUCCGGCGAUUUUAUUGUUGAAGAAAUAACCGGCCAAGAUAAGAAAAUCUUUCGUCGUCUGGUCUUCCUAAGCAACCAAUUUGUCAUACAAUCGGAGGCUUUGGUCACAAUAACCAAAACGAAAAACGGCCAACGGAAAAUUAUCGAUCCGAACUACUUGGCAUGCCAACAUCAUGUGUAUAUGACCCUUGGCGUUAAUUUAAUUGCAUAUCAAAAUCAGAAGUCCAAAGACCAUAGGAUGGAUGUGGCUGUAAUUGGCUUAGGUGGAGGUGGACUCUGCAUGUUUUUACAUUCGUGCAUCAAAAAAGCUUUCGUCACUGCUGUUGAUAUAGAUCCGGCUAUGCUUCAAGUGGCAACAAACUAUUUUGGUCUGGUGGUCGACGAUCGCAUGGACGUGGUCAUCGAAGAUGGUCUGAAAUUUCUAACAAAAGCCGCAGAUAAUGGACAAUCAUACAAGGCGAUAUUGUUUGACGUUGACAGUAAAGACACUUCACUCGGUAUGAGCUGUCCGCCCAGAGUGUUCUUGGAUAAAUCAGUCAUGGACAAUGUAAAGAAAUGCAUCGGAGAGAAAGGCAUCUUUAUCCUGAACUUGGUGUGUCGAGACGAUAAGCUUCGUGAACAAGUUUUGAUCGAAUUGCGACAAUCAUUCCGCUCGAUUUGUGCGUAUAAAUUGGACGAGGAUGUGAACGAGGUACUGUACUGCAGCAAUGAUUCUGCACUCGACGGUUUGCCGGUUUGGAAGAGCAGUUUUGAAGCCGCAGCAAAGAAUCUGAAUAGUUUGACUAAAGACUAUAAAAUAUCUAACGAUGAAGUCGUCGAUGUAAUUGAUUUCUUGAAGGAAUUAAAACUUUAAAAAGAAUAAA